AUGGAUUUUGAGAAGGAAUACUUGGAUGCUAUUCUGGUCACAGCAGGGCUGCUGUUCAUGUUUGUUUACCACCUCUUUCUUCUUUACCAAUACAUUCAUCACCCUAUCAAAACAUCAAUCGGUUACGAAAACAAAGACAAAGAAACUUGGGUUCAAAAAAUUCUGAAGGUCCCUGAGGAUGCUAAUGAUGUUGCAGUUAAAGACAAAGUAGGCACAGGACUUGGUGUGAUUUCCUCAAACAUAAGUGCAACCAUGACCUUAGCUUCAAUCUCCCUAACUCUCUGCGCAGUAAUCGGAGUCUGGAUUUCAAGUUCCACCAAUAAGUUUGUGCCGGUAGAAAUGAUUUACGGCAGCACAAGUGAAUCAAUUAUUUCUAUGAAGUACUUAUGCCUGCUGAGCUGCCUUCUCCUUGCCUUUUCGUUCUUCGUUCAAUCUGCGAGGCUUUUUAUCCAUUCAAACUACUUAUUGAGCACUCCAGGAGCCACAGAGGAAGAGGAUGUGGAAAAAGUUCAGAGAGCGGUUGAAAGAGCAAGUAUCUUCUGGUCGCUGGGACUCAGAUCACUAUAUUUUGCUCUUAAUUUUAUGCUGUGGUUCUUCGGGCCUAUACCGAUGUGUGCUUGCUCCAUUUUGAUGGUAUUUGUUCUUUACUGUCAUGAUCUGAGGAAGGACACAAAGAAAUCCGAUAAUCGAAAGAAUGGAUGAGCCUAUCAAUUUCUAGACCAAUUUGAUUUCUUGAGCAUUAAGGCAUGAACUGUAGAAGUACUGAAUGAUCAUAGAAUGAACGCAAUUGUGUCUUAUAAUGCAUGAGUUUGUGCUUAUGUUUCUUCUGUGAAUAUAUAUUUUCUUCUUCAAUCUCAAGAUAUAUGAUGAAUCAAUUGCUAUUGCAUAUUUAGUAUUCAAUUCUUAAUUUCGAUCAAACUCAACUUGCAAUACUCAUAUCAUUGUAACUAAGCGUUAGUUUGGUUUUUAAAUAGCAGGCUUUACAGCUAUGUAUGAUUAC